AUGAUAGCCGCCUCCCCGACAGUCCACCCAUCUGGUUCAUAUGAACCAACCACUAUGGACAUUCUCAAAGUCAAACGAUACUUCAAAUUAUCUUCUAUUCCACUUCCGAAUGAACUCAUCGAUGACAUUAUCGAUGCUGCCUCCUAUUGGGCACACACAUCUCUAACAAUCGAUGGUUGCACUGUUGCUCAUGCCGGCGGAGACAAAAUGUACAUGCGUACAUUGCCUCUUGCAGUGCACGGGACAGAAGGAGACUUCCUACUCGACAAAGAAAAUUUGCAGGGAGAAGGAUUUGUCCUCGGGGGGCUACCUCCAACUGAGCUAGAGUGGACAGCGCCCAUACGUACCAAACCUUUUCGCAAGAUCGAGUUUCAGUUAUGGAGUCAUGACCAGGGCUGGGGCGGCGAUCAUGGUUGUCGAGGAACGUACAAUGGUGCUUACUCCUGGUUCGAUGCCAGUGUGGAGAGACUUCACUCCACUUCAUAUUUCAUGGAAAGCGUCAAGUGGCCCUCUUCACUCCUCUUCACCGCAGUUGAUGCACAAAAUCUGCUAGAUGAUGUCACGUUUACUCAAAAAGAUGUCAAGCAACCAUUUUUACCUUCUCCUUCCACUCUCCAGAAAAAUAUCGUCGCGAAAGGUCAAACAACACACCAUAUCGUCACUUGGACAGACCUUGACGAUGUCAAAGAAGGUUCAUCCGAAGCAAUUGCGGCUGAAAAUAGGGGACAGGGAUGGAAAUCAUAUGAUGGUAGCUUUGUACGUGACUUGCAGGUCGGUGACUGCAUUACUUUGUGGAUGAGGGCUCGCUUCCCAGGCUGGAGGAACGAAGCUGUGAGGGCGAAGAUAACAACAUUUUGGGCAGUAUAG